AUGGAGAAGGUAAUGGCCAAGGAGCUGACAACCUUAGGCCACAACACCCACAGCGCCAAGCUAGAGCUAUUGGCACCCAUGAUGAGCCCAAUAUCCAUGGGCAUAGAACUGGAUCCACUAGACCAUUUGGAUAACUUUGAUAAGCUGUGUGGAACUACAAAGAUCAAUGGUGUCUCUGAAGAUGCAUUCAAGCUAAGGUUGUUUCUAUUCUCUUUGGGAGACAAAGCUCACACAUGGGAGAAGAGCCUUUCAAGAGAUUUAAUCACCGCAUGGGAUGAGUGCAAGAAGGCUUUCCUCACCAAGUUUUUCUCUACUUCAAGAACUGCUAAGUUAAGGAAUGAAAUCUCUGGAUUUCAUCAAAGAAAUCUUGAAGGCUUUGGGGAAGCACGGGAAAGGUUCAACAGCUUCAUCUCUCAAUGUCCUCAUCAUGGCUUCAAUAUGGAGAGUUUGCUUAGUACAUUCUACAGAGGUGCUUUGCCCAAGUUUAGAAGCAAGCUUGAUACUGCUAGCAAUGGAUUCUUCUUGGGGAGAAGUGAGGCAGAUGCUUUGGAGCUUGUAGAGAAUAUGGUUAAGAGUGAUUCAGUCUACAGUGAUGACCACGACAGUAGCAAUAGAGGCAUUGGAGGAGAUGAUCAGAACACAAAAAGAGAGUUGAAAGCUCUACAAGAGAAGAUGGAUUUGCUUCUCUCCAACAAAGCUAAACAAGAGAAGGUCAACUUUGUUGGUGAUCAUAGACAAGAAGAGAUGGUUAUGGUUAGUGAAGUUGAUGGUCUAGAAGGUCAGGAAGAAUUAUGCUUUCUGAAUGCUGAUGGGACAAGGUACAAAAAGGAGCCUAAUUUUCAGCACAACAACUACCAACAAAAGCCCUUCUACAACAACCAACAAGGUGGUUCCAAACUAGGGAAAACUACUCUCAAGGCUUCUUCUCCAAAGGAAAUCAGUCUACACAAGGCCAAGCCGGAUCUUCUACCUCUUCUCCACAAGAGAGCUGAAGCACAUAUUGUGGAGAAGGUUGAACACAAGAUUGUGGAAAGGGUUGAGAUACAAACUGUAAAGAAGGUUGAGGGAAAGGUUUUGCAACCAGUUAGACACAAAGCUGAGAAACCGCUUAUUGGGAAAGCUGUCACGCAAUUGAAAGAGGUUCAGCUAGAAAAAGCUCAUGUGGUUGAGCAAUCACCUUACGACAAGCUCCCAUUUCCACAAAGGUUCCUCACUAAAGCUCAAAAGAAGGUGAUCUCCAAGUUCAGAAAAUACAUGGAAGAUGUAGGAGUCAAGCUUCCAUAG